CUUCAAAUUUCGUCGAAGAACAAUAGAAAUGUCGAAACGACAAAAGCCAAUCAAGUUCCUUUCCUUUCCCUCUAAUUUUCUCCCCUCCUUGUCUGCUUCUUACCCCCGCUUUCUCAUCUCCCAAACAAAACGCCCUUCAGAUUCCGGGAAAAGAGGAAGAGAAACUCGAAAUCCCUGUCGCCGGAAUAGAUGACGGCGCCGAAUUGGGAGCUCCGCAGUUGCUGCAACCACGACCAGGUCGCCUUCCUGGUCACAAUCGGAGUCUUCACCGUCGUCAUCCUCGUGCUAUGGAGGACAUUUCUUUUGACGCCCUUUAAGCUCAUCACUGUGUUUUUGCAUGAAGCAAGCCAUGCCAUUGCCUGCAAGCUCACUUGUGGAGAUGUUGAGGGGAUGCAGGUUAAUGCAAAUGAAGGAGGAUCGACUACAACACGUGGUGGCAUAUAUUGGCUCAUCUUACCUGCUGGCUAUCUUGGUUCAUCCUUUUGGGGAAUGGCUUUGAUCCUUGCAUCUACAAAUCUCCUUACUGCAAGAAUAGCAGCUGGCUGCCUUGCUCUUGCUCUGUUUGUCGUCCUCUUCAUUGCCAAAAACUGGACACUCCGAGGACUAUGUAUCGGGUUCAUAAUUUUCCUUGCGAUUGUCUGGGUUUUACAAGAGACGACCACAGUCAAAAUCCUUCGUUAUGUCAUUCUGUUCAUCGGUGUGAUGAAUAGCUUAUUCUCAGUUUACGAUAUCUAUGAUGAUCUGAUAUCCCGAAGAGUCUACACAAGCGAUGCUGAGAAGUUUGCUGAAAUCUGCCCUUGCUGUACCGGUGUUGGCUGGGGUGUCAUCUGGGGGAUGAUUUCGUUGGUGUUUCUUUCCGCAUCUUUGUAUCUCGGUCUCGUGAUCCUAUCGUAAAGGUGUUUCAAAUAUUCGGAUUCAGAGAUUCUUCCUCGCCAAAAUACCUGACAAUCGGAGCUCAUCGCCGUUAUAUCAAAUCAUAUAUGCUGGAUUUGUGCAGUCUAGAUUCUUGAUACAGACAACAAAUUUGAUAAAGUUCGAUUCUUUUGAUCCCUUGGUGUUUUGGGAUUACAUUUGAUUGGAUGUUAGGAUUCCUUUGGAAAGUUUGUAUUGUUUCGUUGUUCUUGGAAAGUGGAGGAUAGAAUUCGCUGAAACUGGAACUAGAUUCUUUUCAA